CUUGCACAGCAAACACAGACGUCUCUCUCUCUCUCCUCUCUCUCCUCUCUCUGUAAAUGAAGAUCAAUUUAAGCUUCCAUGGCUGCAACAAGAACGAAGAUGGCUAGGUUUUUGAGGAACUUGGUCGAUAAAAGAUCGAAUUUCCUUACCGGGUUUUACACCAAUGUCUCUCUAGUGAAGAAUCAGAACAACCCAUUUAAAGCUCUCGCGGCUUCUUUCUCUUAUUCUUCAACAUCCACGAAAGAAGCAGAGAUCGUAAAUCCGAGAAGGCUGGGUCUCGAAUUUCUGGGAUUCAAGGAUUAUGAAGACUACAGGAGGUCUAUGUACGGUGAGAUCACUCACAAAGCUCUGCUCGUUGAUGCUGUUGGGACCCUAGUCAUUCCCUCACAACCCAUGGCUCAGAUAUAUAGACAGAUUGGGGAGAAAUAUGGGGUGCAGUAUUCGGAGGCUGAGAUAUUAAAUCGUUAUCGGAGGGCUUACGAGCAGCCUUGGGGUAGAUCUCGAUUAAGAUAUGUGGAUGAUGGAAGACCCUUCUGGCAAUUCAUAGUUAGGUCCUCCACUGGGUGUUCAGAUUCUCAAUACUUUGAAGAACUUUAUAACUACUACACAACUGACAAGGCUUGGCACCUCUGUGAUCCUGAGGCUGAGAAGGUAUUUAAAUCCCUUAAAAAGGCUGGUGUGAAAGUGGCUGUUGUGUCAAACUUUGAUACACGACUGCGCCCUCUUUUGCAAGCUCUGAAUUGUGAUCACUGGUUUGAUGCCGUGGUAGUGUCUGCUGAGAUUGCAGCAGAGAAGCCAAACCCAACAAUAUUUCUGAAGGCAUGUGAGUUGUUGGGAGUAAAACCUGAGGAUGCCGUACAUGUAGGGGAUGAUCGCAGGAAUGACAUAUGGGGUGCAAGAGAUGCUGGUUGUGACGCUUGGCUUUGGGGAAGUGAUGUUCACUCUUUCAAGGAGGUUGCCCAAAGGAUUGGGGUUCAGGUCUAACGAAGUCGCAUGUUGCCAAUAGCUUGGAUGGUGCUUUGAUGUUGUAUAGUUUGUGAGCAUCAUCUCUUGCCUAUCAUAUAUGUGACUUUUGCUUUAGUGUAAUAUCUGUUGUCGAAGGAAAGUUAAGCUAAUGAGGGAAAAUUAGGAGGAGGAAGAGAGAACUUUGUAAGUAGGAUUUGUGUCUCAAAACAAUAUUGUCUGUGUAAGCAUUGUUAUCUGAUGAUGUGCCCUUUGGUUUCUCUACAUAUACCAGUUUUAUUGGCUGAAGAUUUAGAGCAAUAUUCACUCUUUUGCU